AAAACCGAAUUGUCCCUAUGCACAUGACUCUACACCACCAGGAGAGGGGAACCCACUCUGGCAGGCACUGAAAUGAUAAGAGUGGACACUGGGCAAGUUUUACAAAGUCAUUGAACUGUGGGCUCAUUUGCAGUUCAAGGGGAGCCAUGCAGGAUGAAGACGGAUAUAUCACUUUGAACAUUAAGCCCCGAAAGCCAACUCUCAGCUCAGCUGACUCUGCUUCUUCUUGGUGGCGUGUGAUGACUUUAAUUCUGCUGAUCUCAUCCAUGGGGCUGGUUGUUGGGCUCGUGGCUCUGGGCAUCAUGUCAGUCACACAGCAAAAGUACCUGCUAGCUGACAAGGAAAGUCUCUCGGCCACUCUGCAACAACUGGCCAAGAAAGUCUGCCAAGAGUUGAUUAAACAAUCAGAGCUCAAGACAAAGAACACGUUCGAACACAAGUGCAGUCCCUGUGCCACAAAGUGGAGAUAUCAUGGAGACAGCUGCUAUGGGUUCUUUAGACGUAACCUAACGUGGGACGAGAGCAAGCAGUAUUGUACUGAGCAGAAUGCAACGCUUGUGAAGGCUGCCAGCCAGAAGACUGUGGAAUACAUCAAGAGCAGGAUCACUUCGGCCCGUUGGAUUGGAUUAUCACGCCAGAACUCUGAUAAGGACUGGAUGUGGGAAGAUAGCUCAAUUUUUCCCAAGAAUAUAAUUGAUCUUUCUGGGAAUACAAGAGAAAACAUGAAUUGCGCUUAUCUUUAUAAUGGGAAAAUCCAUCCAGCUUCCUGUGAGGACAGACAUUAUUUAAUGUGUGAGAGGAAGGCUGGCUUGACAAGAGUGGACCAACUGCUUUAAUAAAGAAGAAUGAACAGGAUCUCAGAUAAGUGGUUGGUCAUGAAAUAAAAGAUCUGGGAGAAAGAAUUCCCCAGUCAUAAAA